AUGGAUCGUAGAGAAGUGACUGCUUUACUCUUACUGGACUUGUCUAAAGCUUUUGAUAGCUUAGAUCAUUUCAUUCUGCUAAGAAAACUUUCGAAUAUUGGAAUCUCGAAGGCUGCGUUGUUUUGGUUUAAAAGCUAUUUGACAGGCAGGUGCCAAUCAGUACGUAUUGCGUCAGUGUUAUCUGAUGAAUGUGAAAUAACGCGCGGUGUUCCGCAGGGAUCGAUACUGGGUCCGGUGUUAUUUAAUAUAUAUAUCAACGACUUGCCUGGUGUACCCAAGGAGUCCAAUUUGGAGCCGUACGUGGAUGACUCAAAAAUAUAUUUAGCAUUCUCAAUCAGGGAUGCCGAGUUGGCAGCUAUGAAACUCACUGAAGACAUGCGAAGAAUUACCGCCUGGUGCUGUCUUAACAGUUUAUUGGUGAAUCCAGAAAAAACCAAGUUGCUUAUAUUAGGUACUAGGCAAAUGUUAGAACAGGUACCUGAAAAUUUUCAAAUAACUAUCCUUGGUGAGAAUAUUACUCCAGUUGCUGUUGCAAAGGAUUUAGGGAUGAUAUUGGACUCAUGUUUGAGCUACGACGAACAUAUCGCAAGCGUUGUUUCAUCUUGUAUCGCUGGACUGGGCCAAAUUAGCAGAGUUAAACAUAUCUUUGACAGAAAAACAUUAAUUCUUAUUAUAAAUUCCCUGAUUUUUAGCAAAAUGUAUUACUGCUCUGCUGUUUGGUCUAAUACAUCCCAAAGAAAUAUCGAGAAACUUCAAGCGGUCCAGAACUUUGCUGCACGUAUUGUUACAGGAACAAGAAAAUACGAUCACGUGACUCCUGUUCUGCAACAACUGGGCUGGCUUCCAGUUAAAUACAUGUUAAAAUUAAGAGAAGCCAUUUUUGCUUUCAAAUGCUUGAAGGGGUUGGCACCAUUGUAUUUGCGUGAGAAGUUCCAUGUCAGGUCAGAUGUUCAUGGCGUUAACACAAGGCAAAAGAACAUUUUGGAUAUACCAAUGUACAGAUCAGCUGCGGGUCAACGAACAUUUCACUAUAGGGUUGUGUCCUUGUGGAAUUCUCUGCCUCAGUCUCUUAAAAACAUUGAUACUUUGACUCAUUUUAAAGUAGAAUACAAACGUAUGUUAUUAGAAGAAUUUUUAACUGUAAGUGGUGUGUAACAGAUUUAUAGAAUAUUUUAGAACUAUAGCCUAUUUUAUACCUUAGGUCAAAACUCAAAAUUCAUUUUUAGAUACUUUUAUAGAUAUAGAAUUUUAUAUUUGUAAUUAGAUCCUGAAAAGCCCAAUUGGGAGUAUCUAAUAUUGUAUAAUAAUAAUAAUAAUAAUAAUAAUCUAACAAUUCCUAAACCGAAACGAGAAUUUCUUAAAAAAAGUUUUAAAUAUAGCGGCGCUAUGCUUUGGAAUCAACUCCCAAACGAAGCAAAAUUGGCCGAGUCGCCUCAUUCGUUUAAAUCAAUUGUUGGACAGCGACAUGCUUCCUAAUUAUUUGUAUAUAGUAACGUGUACAGUAUGUGUGUAUUAAUAUUUAGUUUAAAUUUUCCUUUUAACGAUUUUUAAGAUCUAAACACGCCCCCCAUGGAAACCAGCCUAGAGUUGAUGGGGCUAGCGUGUUCUUCUUUCUGUUAAUUUUAAAUAAAGUAUUACCUACCUACCUACCCUACCUAAUUAACGUUUACAGUCGAUUUCACGAAACUUUGACCACAAAAUUUCCGAACUUCGUUGCGAAGUUCACAAGAUUGUUGCGAAGUUCAAAAGUUCAUAAUGAGAUUCACAAACCAGUUCGUAAACUACGCAUUUGAUUGGCUUCUUUUACUUCACGGAUCAAUCAGGGACUUUGUUUACAAAUUGGCUUGUGAAUUCCAAUAUGAGCUUCCGAACUUCACAACGAACUUGCGAACUUCGCAACGAAAUUCGGAACAUUUGUGGUCAAAGUUUCGUGAAAUCGACUGUAAAAUCGUCCCCGGGGUGGGGCAUUUUCCACUCUCAGCUUGCCCAGGGGCCGUGCAUUAGUCUUCAAGUUGUGUCCCGGCACCCGGGCAUUUACACUGUCAUAACCAAUCUAAUCAAAUUCCCGGGUGUGUUCCCGGGGGGGGGGGGAUGGUUACUCCUGGAAUUGACUCAUGCAUUACCUUUGAAUUUAUCAUAUAUUCUUUUAAAAUGGUCACCAAAGCUCUAAAACACGAUUGGUAUCGUUUUAACUUUCUCACUCUUUAAUGUUUACAUGUAAAUUUGUCAAAUUACACUUGUUUAGGGCACUGGAAACGAGACGCGGCCAAGAUGCGCGAGGCGACAUGCGCGGGGAUAUCAACAUCAAAGAUUCCGACAUCGAGUGAGACUUCUGGCACAGAAUAAAGAUCAGUGCCAGAAGGGCCACUCAGCAGUGCAACGUGUCACCAUUUUUCUAUGCAAAAAUAUGCAAUUGACUGGCCAGGAAGAUGGCGGCCAGCCAAUACAGCGCGUUUAUUGGCCAGAAAAUGUAAUCGACUGGCUAGGAAGAUGGCGGCCAGGGUGACAGAAACUUCAAAGCUUCCGACGUAAAUGGCCCUUCUGUGUGCCUUAUUCUGUGCUUCUGGUCUUAUUAUUUAUUUUGUGAUUAGGGCCUGAACUUCAGGUUAUGUUUUAUGUCACUUUGACAUUCUGUCAGACGAAUUAUUUCCUCGCUGCAGCAAGAGUAUUCUUCUUUUCCUCCGAUAAAACAACAUAGCGAAGACAUCGUUGAAUCGAUGAUAGGGAGUUUACGAUCUGCGACGCGGCCGGCUCAAGGACGCGGUCUAAAUUUUAGCUCAAGAAUGAGCGGUAAGCAAUUUGAUUACUGUAAUAAAUAUUUGACACUUUUUCAAAUAACCUUACAAACUGCUACGUUCGGCUAAGGGAUGCAAUGUUUGCUGUAAUUUCGACUUUCGACUUUUUGUAGGUUUGCAUGGCGAUAAAACAUAUAAUACUAUUGUUUGUGGCAACACCAAAUUUUUUUGUUUUGAAAGCGCGUCGUCGAGCCGGCCGCGUCGUAGAUCGUAAACUCCCUAAUAUUAAUGGGACAGAACUACGUUUGCAAUAAUAUAAUAUUAGAAAAAGCAUCGAUGUAAAAGCUAGAAGCGCCCAGUGACGAAAAUUAAUGAUGACUCAUAUGUAUGUUGAUUUCAAUUAUGCAUACCGGAAGUAUAUGUAGUACCGUGAUGCGGGAAAAAUAUAUGGGAAAGUAUUUAAAUAAUAAGAUUUUUGAUAAUAGUAGAAAUAUAUAAAGCAGGAAUAUUCCUGGUCACUACGGAAUAUUCCCGGUUUUUACUAAACUUUCAUCAUCACACAUUUGUUUACCAAAUUUGCAAGGUACAACGCGUAAAACAUUAAACGUAAUGGUCAACUGUGUGCGUAGCUUGCGUACAGGCUGUCUGAGGGUGAGGGACAGCCUGCAACCAUCACCCCAUGUUUUUAAAUACGCCCACUUUUAAAUAUUACUAAACAUGUCAAAAACCAACCAAUCAUUACGUAUUUAUAAUUAGAGAAUUAAUUAGAAUUCCCGCGAAAAGUUAGAGAUGUAUAGCAAGUAUAAAAUGUUGUUUACGUUGACGGAAAAUGUCACAAACUCCGAAGAAAAAGAUUUCCAAAAUAGGAAGGCCUCCUAAACGUGAUAGCGUAAAUGAUUACUGUAGGAUUUGCAAAUGCAGAUUUAAAUUGGCGAGAUGUGCAUCUUUAAAGAUUUUUGAAAGAAACGAGCGAGAUGGGUUUAGUCUUAUUAUUCUGGGAGAUAUGUGUGCGAAAAGCGGCAUUGACAUUGUAAUAAAAAGUGAUUUUUCGGAUAGAGUUUGCGUUAGUUGUCAGUGGCGGCGCCAGGCUUCCAAAUUUGGGGGGGCAUUUGAGGGGCAAACUCAAAUUUUGGGGGGGGGGCAAGAUAGAAUUUUUAAAAAGGUCGCCCCCCCCAGGAAAUUCGCCCCCCCCCCCUCAAAACGUAGCGAUAUUCCUAGGAAUAUCGCCCCCGGGGGCGAAUAUCCUAGGAAUAUCGCCUCCCAGGGGGGUGGGGCGAAUACCCUAGGAAUAUCGCUCCUCUUUAGGACAUUCGCCCCCCAUAUAUGCGAUGUGGUUUAUUCAAAUAAUUUCGUGAUACUUUCAUCUUAUUAUUGCCUUACACGUUUGAGAAUUUAACUCUGCAAAACUAAAGCUUUUUUGUCUUUUUUUGAAACGUAUUAUUGGAGUAUUGGCAAGUUUUACCAUUCAGAGAUUUACAAACUAAUAUUGAAACUGUAAAAGACAGUUUCAUGUAUACGCGCAUUCACUAAUGAGUAAUGACAACUUAUAAGCCAUACAUUUUCCCAUAACAACAAAACGCUUGUGUAGCCUUUAGUCGCUCUCAGUGACUAAUAAAUUUUUUUGAGGGGGGCCAAAAAAUAAUUUUGGGGGGGCAUUUGCCCCCCCCCCCUUGCCCCCCCCUGGCGCCGCCACUGUUAGUUGUGCACGAAAGAUCAGAGAGUGUUGCUCGUUGUAUAACGAAAUUUGUACCUCAAUUAACAAGCCCUGUGUACAAUUCGUUGAAACCGAAGGCGAAGCUAGAUUUAAACGCCAAAUUGCCACUGACUCGGAAAAUAGUCCAACCGUAAGGAAGGUCGUUAAGCACGUAUCUGCGAAAAACAACGAAACAGCGAAAGCUCUGGAGACCAUAAGAAAGUAAAAAAAUCACUGUUUGUGACGGAGCAAACAAGUGUCGACAAACACAACAUUGCGUGCGAAUCAACUGUCUCGUCGUUACUUAACAUAGACAUCAAUUUGCUAAAUAACACAACGGAGAAGAAAACAAGCGAUGUUAGCGUGGUGAUAAAACAACCGAAUGGAGAUGUUAUUAUGCGACAUGUGAAAGAUCCGAACGCAAGGUCUAUUGUUCGAAAUAUUGCAUUGUGUAACUGGAAGUCAGCAGCGUUUUCGAUAAUGAAGUGUGAAGGUUUGAUCGAUCAAUUGUUAAACGCACUGAACAAAAAAAUUGCGAAUGAGUUUAAAACUUUUAGCAAGCUUGAUUCCAUCCUAAGAGGUCGUACGCCAGAGGAAUUAGUCGCAUUCUCUAAUAAAUUGCUAUUAGAAGAAUUGAGGGUUCACCUCCCGUUUUGGAAUGCGUGUGUUAAAGGCAGCGUAGGAGUAAGCGUGGAUAAAAAAGCCGAAAAACAAUGUAACGCUAUUGCUUUAGCUACGUCUGUUCUGGCCCGGGGUCGAAAUGCCGAAAUGUCUGCUAUUGCCUACAGGAUUUCCACAAUUUUUUUUCAUAGCGGUGUAAGCUACGAAGAUAUUAUACGCCUGAAUCGUUUGGGAGUAUGCAUGUCGCAUUCUCGGAUGUUGAAUCUUCAAAGACAGAUGGGGAAAUUUUUCGACGCAAAGGUACUAAUAUGGAAAAAUUACGCUGAGAAAAAACUUACAGCUUUACGCUUUCUGGAGGACCUCAGUUGUAACCAGCUUGCUCGUGAUGAUGAUGAUGACAUGAAUGUAGAUAAAGAGAUUAAUCUCGACGUUGAAGCAGUACAACAGUACAAGUACUUCAGUACGGAUGCGCACGAACGUUGCGUUGAGAUAAUGGAUGAAACGAAGCGACAGUUAGGAGAGUCUCUUAAUACAGAUGAUGUCCUUUUCUCAGCCAUUCAAAAUUUAAAGGGAUAUGACAUACCUUAUUACAAGUAAGCGAGCGUUCUAUUGUUUAAUUAGCGAUAAUACGUUCAUGUUUAGUACGUUUUGCAUUGCUAUUUAUAGCUGUUAACAUCACAUAGUCAUAGCCUCAACGUUGCAAAUAAAUCCUGUAUAUAAUAAAUAUGAUUAUAUUCGUUCGUUACAUAAAAUGUAUCACUUUAGAGAAGAUUGCCGCCUUUUCAGAAUUAAAUGCAGCAGAAGAUACACUGUCAGGAAAUCCUGAAAUAUCAAUGAACGGUAGCUUGAAAUAAACACGUAAAUAUGCACUGUAAUAGACCUUUCCAAGGUUUCUACCGCCAUAUUGCAGGGGGUGCAAAAACAUUGGGGCGAGCGCGCGGCCACUAAUGGCGUCCAUACUAUUCCCUAUUGAGUGAGUGAAAAUUACCUUUUGACAUUUUGUCCUUUUUCUCAAAAAAUUUCUAUACAAGCAUAUCCAAUUUUUAUUUUUAGAUAAUCGCUGGGUUUUUUCUGAUAUGUGGCCGAGAUUUCUUGCUAAUCGAAGGACAGGAAGUAAUAAAAAACGGCGGCUUUUAUUGUACAACUUGACCGACGUUUGAGCGAUGAUUUUUGUACAAAUAUACAAAUAUAAACAGUAAUAAUGGCGGACACCAAAGGACUUACACACUUAAUGGACAAAUAUUUUUCCAAAGAUCGGUUAAACAAAUGAAAUAACAAGAAUCAUCGCUCAAACGUCGGUCAAGUUGUGCAACAAAAGUCGCCGUUUUUUAUUACUUCCUGUCCUUCGAUUAGUAAGAAGUCUCGGCCACAUAUCAGAAAAAACGCAGCGAUUAUCUAAAAAUAAAAAUUGGAUAUGCUUGUAUAGAAAUUUUUUGAGAAAAAGGACAAAAUGUCAAAAGGUAAUUUUCACUCACUCAAUGGGAAAUAGUAUGGGCGCCAUUGGUGGCCGCGCGCUCGCCCCAAUGUUUUUGCACCCCCUGCAAUAUGGCGGUAGAAGCUAUGGAAAGGUCUAUUGGUAUGUGUCGAUUUCAGUACAGGUAAUAAAAUAAAUCGAUUUGAAAGAGAGAAGAUAAAAAUUGUUCUAUGUGCAAAAAUAAUAACUUCAUUGAAAUACACGCUACGAUUUUACGUAUACUAACAAAUUAAAUUAGAAUUACAUUGUAAAUACCAGAGUCAAUGUAAUACUUUAAUUGUAACAGUGUUACGCCCAAUAUUUACUUUAUUUACUUUACACAUUUCUAGAAUUGUCGGUGAUAACAUAGACUUUGAAGUCAGAGCAAGAGUCCAAGAUAAAGAACACGGAAACCGUAGCAUUCACUGGACACAUCAAUUCGCGAUUAAAGAUAAAGUAGUCGACAAAAUCUUAGAUCAUUCUCUGCAAAACCGAACAAAAUGCACCAUGGAGAAUAAAUAUUUUGUGGUGUUCCACAAAACAAGAUAUAAUUACAUUAUAUAAAUAUUCAAAUGAUUUUUAUAUCAAAAUGCCAUAUGAUAUACCUCAUAGAAGUCCAAGUUUCGACGGUAUAAUCUGUUUUCUGUAUAAUCCAAAGAGUUUAAGAGUGCAUUUCAUCGUGAAAUAUAAAGAUAUAAACGCAUAAAUAAAAUUGAAUAAAAUACCUACCUGUUUUUAUAUUGCUCGCUGGCUCCAAUUAAAGGCAUUCAACACUCUAGAUUUACGAAUACCUUCGAUUGGUUGUUAAUCGAUAGCUUUUCCAAACAUGACAGUGUUUCCUUUGAGUGCUUCUCUCAGUUCUCUGGCACAAUAAGACUUUUCGCCUUUUAAAUUUUAAUAUCACUAAUCAGCUGAAAGCCUGAAAUAACAGGUUACACGUUACAGGACAUUUAUGGAUUGUCCUGUAAUGGUGGUCUAAACCAUCUUGAUCAUAGCAAGAUAAAUUAUACUGACAUUCCUCAUGCGGACAAGGGAGUUUAUCAGCUAAAAACGCUCUGUGGUGUAUAUUAAAAUAGUCUUUCCUCUUUUGUUGUCAAAUUGUCCGCCAUUUUGUCUCUGUAAUCUGCCAGUCGUUAUUUUUUCCUCGCCUUCCCUUUUCCUCUUGCGCGCGUCCACAUUUGGUACUGAUCUAUAUAUAUAUAUAUAUAUAUAUAUAUAUAUAUAUAUAUAUAUAUAUAUAUAUAUAUAUAUAUAUAUAUAUAUAUAUAUAUAUAUACACUGUAAAUUUUAAGGAGUUGAAUCAACUCCAAAAGAGUUAUUCUGUCACGAGAAACGGUGUAUAUACCUAUUCGUUCCUAUAAAAUUGAAAUUCAAAUAACGACUGGGGACGAGUCUGGAGAUAUUGGACUCGAUGUCGGAGAGUAUAUCAGAUAAGUGGCUAGCCUUGUAGUUAUUUAAUUAUGUCAUAUACGGCCAUGUCGUCCAGUGCCAUAGUACUGACGACCGUUCAAGUACGACGAAAACGUAAAGCAAUCGCAUCAACUAGACUCAGAAACACAACAAAUGGAUUCUAUUAACAAAUGAGAUAUAUUUUUUACAUAUAUUGUUAAUAUUUUUUGAAUUAUUUUGUUUUUUUAAAAUAUUAUAACGGUUAAAUCAAGUAUUCAAAAUAUAUAGGACGUUCAGAGAUUGGGCCGCCUGUGAUUGACUGAACGAAUUGAAACUAUCAAAUAUGGGUUUUAUCUGCAACUGUUCAUCCUUAGUUGCAAGCGACGGUAAUUCUGGCCCGAUCAAUGGACCUGAUUGAAGGCUUUCUACCUGCCAAUUGUGCCGCAUGGCAAGAAAUGCCAAGAAUGGAGGUCGAGCUGGUUGACAUUUCAAGUUCAUUGUGAGUGUUUUAUACAUUUUAUUAACUUACUUAUUCUUGCUAAUUGAUUGUAUUAUCAAUAUAUUUUCUAUGAUAUAUUUACGAACCACACCAGGAGGUAUAUCUUAGAUCAUCCGAUGACAUGGUGCGUGAAUAUUUUAAAAGUUUACGUCGCCUUUUAUUUAUAUAAAUAUUUAUCGAUUCACACUAUAAAUGGUAUAAAUAUUUAUUAGUUUAUAGCUUUAUAACGUAUUAUAAACGUGUAUAAAAGUUUCUUGGCAUUAUGAAACAAUUUAAUGACAAAAGGAAACUCAAUAUUUCAAGUUUUCCAUAUAUAUUUUGGCAAUGCCAAAUUGAUUUCAAUUAUUUGUAUUUUACAAUAUAUAUUCAUGAUUUAAUAAUAUUGUAAACAUUUUUACGCGUAAUGUACAGUAUUAAUAUAUAUGCAUGCAUCAAUAUUUGUUUAAUAAUAUGCAGAUUUUGCAAAAUAUGGCUGCCAAUUUUUGAGAGUAGAUUGAUAUAUAAAUACCUUAUUACAUUUUAAAAAUUGAUCAACAUUCAGCUUUUGGGUUUGGCAUAAACCCAAACGUUAACCGCCUAAACUAAAACGUUUGGCUUCCAAAUUUCCGUUUUUUUAAUUGUUACUCAAAUAAUUUAAUUAUGUGUGCAUGUAAAGUGCUAUUCUGCGCUCUCACUUUUAAGGAAUUAUCCUUAAAAAUAAACAUUUUAAGGAUUUUUUUAAGGAAUUCAUGUGACCAGGCCUUGUAGUAAUUUUUACCAAAGAAAUCGGAGGAAUUUUCGAGCUUUUUCUAAGGAAUUCGAAAAUUUGAUUGUGACUUGUGAGAGCAUUAUAAGCAUUAGGGGCCGACCAUUUAACUUUUGAGGGAGGGGGGGAGGUGAUUUUGAAAAAAAUUCCUGCAAGGUUAUUUUGAACCAAAAAAAUACCUGCACUAACAAACUGGGGGAAAAAAUAUCCUGCCCCAGUAUUUGGUGGGAAAAAUGUUGCAAAACAGCAUGGUUGUGGGAAUCGAUUUGACCAGUCCCAGAUCAGCUGGUUUGAUUUUCAUGGAUUAGUGUAAGGUUAAUUUCCUGUCGAAAAACUCCUCAAAAUGCUGGAAAUAGCUUAUCUGAGCUUCAAUAAAUCCCAAAGUUUCUGGGAGGGGGGGGCAUGCCACAAAAGUAAGCCUGCUGAAAAUAUCCUAAAAAUCCCAUUCCUGCAUAAAUGGUAGCUUGCAGCUGCAUGCAGUAUCUUGAAUUUUGUACUGUUGCACUCUUUUAUUGAAUAGUUAAACCUACCAUGUUGUUUAAGAUUGUUUGAGAUUGCUUGAGGAUUGCCCAAGAUUGCUUGUCAAUAAAUAUUUAUCAAUAACAAUAUUUUUAUACCUCAAGUUUUGUUUCAUUUUCAGAUUUACUGGGGGUUAACCCCCCCCCCCAAGGAAUCUCUCUAAUCCCUGUUAUGAAGUGUUCAACCUCACCAAAAUUUUGCUUUACCCCUCCUAUUUUGUGUGGAAGUCUUUAACCCUAAUGCCUAACCUGCCUAACCUCUGCCCAAGCUCGCUCAGUGAUGCCGCUUGCACCCCACUAGAAAUUUUUCCACCCCUCCUUUAAAAAAUUGAAAAUCCGCCCUUGUUUUAUCUGAGAUGGGAGGAGGAGGAAGGGAGGAGUGCAGGUAAUGUUUGGGCAUAUUAAUUCUGUGUGGCCUGCAAAAAUAGAAAAUAUUGGCCACACCCUUAUAUUUCAAUAGUAGUAUUCAAACGUUAAUAUUAACGAGUUAGAAAAUUUAUCGUUGUUAUUUGUGCAAAAAUAUUGAUUAAUCUGCACAAAAAAUAUUAAGGAGUUGCCUUAAACCAAUCAGUUCUGAUUGCAUGUUCAAGCUAUGUAAGAACGGGCUCAUUUAACAUGUGUUCCUUUAUAAAGGCUCGUCACAUCACAUGCACUGUUGAUUAUUUUAUAGUGAUCAAUUUGAUGAAUCAAUUAAUAUUGACAAUGAAUUGGAAAAAGACAAUCAAGUUAGGAUACCUAUAAUUUCGGAUGGUCAUUGCCUUGUUCGAGCAUUCUUUAAAGUCUUAACUAAUAAAUACCAUUAUCCACUGAAAAGCUAUUUCAAGCUUCUACAUUGCGCCUGUUACGAGAUUGAGGACAAUCUGCCAUUUUAUUCUGACAAGAUCACGUCAUAUACUAACGUUUCAUACGAACUGGACAAGUACAAGAGGGAAAGGAAGUACAAUCAAAACAUUGUCGACUUGAUCAUAUACGCCCUUGCAAAUUGUACUAAUUCAUUAGUAUCAAUCUAUUAUGUUCACAAUGGCGUACUGAAAACACACGAAAUUCCACCAACUAGACAUAGCGAAGUUCCCGAGAGGCGUGUUACGCUCGUUCGUUUGGGAGAGCAUUAUGAGGCAGUUCUGAAUGCUGAUAUGUUCAAGCGUAAUAUUGAAAACACGGUCACUAUUGUCGACUCGCCUGUUAAAAGAGAAAGCACCGUUCUUGUGCCAUCGGAUUCAGAAGGCAGUCAAGGCAAACCACCGAAGGAACGGAAGCAAGAUUCAGAAUCGGAAUCGGAAAACUCUGAUGAAUGUAUGAGUACUACUUAUUCUGACAACUCUAGCACCGAUUGCGACUUGGAAAAAGGUAAACGAGGGAAUGUUUCCCCCAAAAAAUUAACACCUGAGGUUUGGGAAGAUGUUCCUAUUACGAAAUGCACAGCUCUCCCACUUGACAUUGAUGGAAAUUCGGUUUACGAGUUACCAUUUGAUGCAAAUUAUCGCAUGCGCUCUUCUGUUGACGGUCGUAAAUGGAAGAGAUAUAUGCUCUCUAAACGUUUUGGAUUUAAAGGAAUGCGUCGACUAGCCCACUGUGCAGGUUCGUUUCUCUGCAAUAAUUUGCUUUGUAGUUUCAGAAAACAAUGGGGACAAAAUACCGUGCAUUUUGACAAGAAAAAUAAUUGUAAGUAUUGUGGAAUAACAGCCGAUCACCUUCCCUGCAAGGCCAGAAAAGUGUGGGAAUUUAACGAUGCUCGAGAGACGGUUACUGUUUAUCACUACGGCAGCCAUACAUGUCCUGUGAUUGUAAAAAAUAAAUCCGAAUCCGCU